ACCUUGUGGGGUGUGUUACAUUGUCAACAAGCUUGAGCUCUGUAAAAGAGUCUGUGAGCCUGACUGAACAGACUAAAUAUAAAUUACACAGCGACGAACGUGAUGGACUUUACUGCACCUAUUUCAACUAUACAAGUUGUAGGUACGUUCUAUCAAGUGGCUAGUAGCUACGAUUUGAUUUCCAUUUUUUUUUCAAUGACAAAUAACAUAAGAAAUUAUAAGGAGCUUUCCUGAUGUCUGCCUCUCGCGUUAGCAACUGACCUUGCUUAGUUUCUUGUUACAACCUUUAACCUACCAAAUGGAAAACCAUCGAUUUGAAGUACGCCCUCUCUUCAAUACAACAAAUUUCUGACAAAUCCUUCAAGCAAUUAUUAAACAGGCAUUUAAUGUACUAAUUUUUAAAUAGCGGCCAUACACGUGCUUAAGCAAGAUUAAAUAUUGAAUCUGUAAUAUAUCUUCAGACAAAGAAAAAGAAAUUUUCGAAAGAUUUCAUUUGUUCUCCGCAGCACCACCCGUCUUUCCAAAUAGCCUUCUUAGCUCUAUGUUUUACCGCACGCCUUUAAAGCGGUGAUGUAGUAGUCAUAUUUUAACUACACCGUUAAUCCAUGUCAAACACGAUGCGAUUCGCGUGAGUGGUACAUUUUAUUUGCAUAUUUACACCGGCGCUGUACUUAAGUAAUUUAACGUCUCAUGCCUAAAAUUUGCUCUUUUCUAUGUUUUUUAUCGCUUUGUUUUGAGAAUAUACUCAAUUUCGGUUGAUCAAUGAAUUUGUAUCGGUUUCAUUAUCAUGGAAGAUGUAACGGUCUGCGUGGCAACUAUACGUGUUGCCAAAACAAAUGUUCUGAACACACUCUGCAACAGACCCAGUGAAACCCUACCCAGCGGUUUAAUAAUUCAGCCUACCCACUGAUAUUUUAUCCUCUCAAGUAACUGUACCUGGCAAACAGAUUGUUUCUACCCGGCUAAUUUUUUGCUUCCCCGGUCACUUACAAUAGUGACAAAUUAAACACACUGCAUUUUGCUAUUCUGAUAUUUGUUUAAAAGAAGCAAUAAUAUAAAACUUCAUUCCCAUUGACAGAAAAAAACUUGGUGCGUACAGGUAAUCGAUCUCGCUUAAAAAAAAUGUAAAUCUUUUAGUUACUCCCGCUAAAGCAAUAUAUAUAUGUAAAAGGUUUUCAAAGGUUUCGUACCGGUUGAGAUGUAAGGCCUGCCACACCUCUUUUAGCUUUUAUAGGAGACAAUUAAACAACUACGACAAUUAUUUAAAAAGUGGAAAAUGUGCGAACCCGGAGAAGUUUUUUCCGAGAACACAGUGAAUAAAUGGAUUCCACUGGGUCUGUUACAAAAGGGUUUUUCUGAGAACAUAAGGAUAAAAAUUUCCCUGGUUCUAUCCAAACCUUUAAUUAAAACUUACCGAAAAACGGCAAACAUCGAGUCUUAGUGCGGAAAUUUAAUCGUUGUCAAUACCGUGUUAUCGUAAGUCCGAACGUAGGCGAUGGCAGCGAAAGCGUAUCUUUGUUAAAAAGUGAAUUUAUGUUAUUUCAGUCUAUAUUAUCGCCAUCAGAUCGCCCCAUUAUUCCUACUCAUUUACUUUGUCAAAAGUAGGCGACCCCCCCUGGAGUUGAAUUCCUAGGAUCCCUAUCCAAGUUCAGAAAGAGAAAAAUUAUCGUCGUCCCCCUUUACUUCCUCCAUAAAGCCCCGAGCAAACAGGCCAACAACCCCCAACAUUGUUGGAUAUUAUAUGUCGCGUCCAACGGUUGCAUGUUGUUACGUGUUUGUGGGAGUUGUUGCUCAGUGUUUGAAAACUGUCAAAUGUUUAGAGUUACGUUCAACCCCAACAUUGUUGGGCCAACAAUUUUGGAAGUUGUUGCGUCCGUUUGCACGUAGCUUAAAAUGUAACACUUAGGCAAUUUCACGUAAAAAAAGGCAAAGAAGCGUACAAAAAAGUGUGAUGCACCCUUAAAGUUGCAGUUUUGCCUUCUAAAACUAUUGUUUUUUGAAGAUCUCGAUGCCAUCGCGUCCUUGGAUCGUUAAGUCCCUUGUGAUGUCAGAAAAUUGGGGUAUUUUUUUCACAAAAUCCCCAAAAAUUCCUCAGAUUUCGAUGUUCCUCUAGGGAUAUUUAUUCUAACUGAUCUACUUUACUUUUGGGGGGAAAUCCUGGCCUUCAAGCUUGCGAUUAUAGGAUUAGUUUCUUCAUCUCGGAUUCUUUGGAUACGUCACGAUCGAUAACGACGAACGAAACGGAAAAUACCAAAAUGAAUCCUGCAGCGUACCAACAAUAUUGCGACGGUUUUGGUAUAAGUUAGGUUAAUUACAUGUCCCUAAUGUGCGAAGAAACGUGAAGAUUGAGAGUUUCUGACUCUUAAUUAAUCAGAUAGAGAAGGGAUUUUUUGGCCUCUAUCGGUCUAGAACAGGGCUACCAAAUGUGGUUGAACAUGCAUGUUAUUGAAUGUAACCUUUUACAGUUGUGGGUUUUUCUACUCCAUUUCAGUUUUACUGUUGACUUUCUUUGGUAAAGGAAUCUGUGACUCAAGUAAGUAAAAAUAUCUGUUUCCGCGACAACUUCUAAGGAUAGCAAGGACACCAGCAUGAUAAUCUAUGCCGGCCCUCGGAUGGGGUGGGGUGGGGGGUUCUCUCAUUUGUGGGGUAGAUUAAAGAAUGGGCCGUCCGACAGCGUAUUGUUUUUGACUCUGUGUGUUGCCAUUAAAUUUUUUGCUUUUGUUUUUUCCUUGAAUGGGUGACAUUUUCGGGUUUAGACCUUAAAUAGGGUCAGGAUUUAAGACCAUGGGGGUCACACACCUAACCUAAAUUUGUGGGAGUAACCCCGGAAUCUAUGCACGCCUUUGUCGAUUUAAAGUUAUUCCAAGCACAAGGGAAAGCGUGGGUAUGAGCAAGCAGAAGCAAAUAGACAAGAAAAAACUGACAUUCAAACUUUCUUUUUCUCUGGAUGGAGGGGGGCACUCCCUUAUUUGGCUUAAACGGGUAUGGUGCCGCUAAACAGGAUGUGCUUUUCAUAGUCUUGAGUCUGAAACAGGGUAUACAAUUUCACUCAGUCGUCUUGAACAGGAUGUCAUUUUGGACCGGAAUCCUUUAAAAGAAGGAUUAACACAGUAAGUAAGCAGGCGCGGCCUUCUGUACGAGAGGUUCCCAGUACGAUUCACAGGUGAAAUCCUUGUUUCGACUUAUUUCUUUUCUGUGUAGCUUUAAGUAACUUUAAAUAUCCGAACUAAUAGAGAGGGAGAGGGUACAAUGGGCGCAUUCGUCAAUGUAAGUACUGACUUUUACGAGUUACCGACGUAAAAUAAUGACCUUCACCUCUUUACCUUUUUUUAAAAGAGUGCAAAGGUUGGUGAACGGUCUUCAGUUGGGUACUGUUGCGAUGAUACGACAAAGCUCCAAUAACUGGAACUCAACGAUUUUAAUGAUUAAAAGCAUUACUGGAAAAAACCGAAGGCCGAGCGAAACCCUCAACAGAACUUUUACUCCCGAAAGCAACAAUCGAGCACUUCAUGAUUCUUCAUUUACCAAGUUGAAAAGACUUGACAGCAGUACUUGUUUGUAAUUAUCUUUGAAAAGCCUUGUUGAAGGAAAGAUAAUAAAGGACGUAUGUAUGUAUGUAUCAUGACACAAAAAGUAUGAAAGUAUCUCGCUCUCCUCAACAUUUCCCCUCCCCGCACCGGGGGGACCACAGUGUGCAAAACAUGAUUAAAUAAAACAGUAAACGCUCUCAACUAAAAAAGACUCACUGAAAGUCAGUUAGUUCACAGGAGCAGUACUAUCGCUGUGUAAACACCGUAAAUAUACAGCAGUCCCAUUAUAAGCUUGCAGCGGGGCAUCCACAAAUAUAAACUAACUACUCUCGAAGCCACCUGGGCACUGACACGUGCACAUUACCGAGGCUCCUAAACUGCUCAAACCAGCUUCUGAUUCUAACUGCAAUUUCAUCAUGUAUAACGUCACUCGCCAGUCAUGACCCAAUGCCCCAUAGCCUUGUUGACAAAAAGGCUAACAAGCUCAAGUGGAUAGAAUGCCGUAGCAAACCUCCUUCUUCUAUGUGGGUACCUUUGUAGUCAAAAUAGUCUUCUGCGGUCUUCUGUACUGUUUCAGGAAAUGCCAACAACAGGUUCCUGUCCCUAAAUGAACUGUAAAACACUUAUUUAAUAAGCUGUGACAGCUUCAGACGUGACUAAAACAACCUGCCGAGAAUUCGAUAUCCAUUUCCUAAGCUGCAUGCAUUCCCCAUUCCACAGUAUGUCCAGUUUUUUGGUACAACUGCAUGAAUACCCUCUUGUGCAGUUUCCUAACAAUCAAUCGAACUGUCCCUGUAACUGGAUUUGAGGGCAGUUUCUGCUGCCAACGGGUAUGUAUCCUGGUGCCUUCUAGCGUUCUGUUGAGCGACAAACUGAACCUCCACUGGCCCUGAGUUUUUACCAAACAUCAUUCACUCUACUAAAUUCAUAGAUGUCAGGUUUACGACUUGAAUAAAAUUCAGAAACAAAUCGUCGAAUACGAUAUAAAACAUCCCGAGGAAUACUCGACCGUCGAUAAAUUAAAGUAGGAAGUGAAAAACCUUUAGCGAGUAAAUCCUGUUUCGAGUAGAAUUAAUCACCUCCUCAUUUCUUAUCUAGUCUCCAAGCAAGCUAGACUAAACCAAGAUUUUAAGAGCGUUCUUGUUUAGUCUGAUUUCGGGUAGCAAGAUUCACCUGAAUUGGGUCAGGUAUAGGCAAAGAGUUCUGGGGUCCCUAACGUCACAACCCCAUCCAGAAAUUUCUAAAGUACCCCCAGGGCGGCUAGUUUUAGGAGCUGACAAGUACCUGUUAAUUAGCAGAAAAGGCAGACUACUUAUUAAACUAUAUUAUAAUUAUCUUUGUUUUAUGUUUUGCUGUAGCUUGCCCUAAUGGCAUUACAAACAUAACAGGCGUCACAAGUGGAUAUUUCGUGUAUCCAAUGUCUGGUACUUAUGGAGUAAACGAGACAAAAUGUUGGAGGAUUGAGAUUCCUAAGCCUUACGUGGGCUUUGGAAUAACAUAUCACACGUAAGAUAACUUUUCUAGAUUCUGCUAUAUGCAGUAUAGAUAAACUAUCUGAAUCCAACGCGACAGAAAAAUAUUCCCACUUUAUCUAUGCCUUUAUCUAGGCCCCGUGCUACUAAAAAACUCAACAGCCACAAAAAACUCACUUUGGACAAUCAAUAAUAAACCUCAUUCAUGUUAGCCCUCAAAUACAAAAUAGACACGCACUGUUUUCGUAUUCUUUACGAUUCUGGUUAAAAGCCACGUUUGUUAUUAAUUUAAUUACAAUUGCAAUUUUUUUCUUCUAAAUCUAGCCAAGAUUUCAUUCAGUCAAAAAUGGCUCCAUAAGGUCGUAGUCAUUGGUUCAAUAAAUAUUUGACAAUUUUUUGGAUGAUUUUUCAAUGUUUUUGAUGGAUAAAUAUUCGGGGGAGAAGUUUAAAAUUUUCGAAAUUGGAAAAUAUUGGAUUUGGGUUUGAUGAAAAUUAAAAUGUGAUGGGAAUAGUUAGUGACAUAACAGUACUAGAUAGUCCAGCGCCACCAUAAUGACCAGAAGACUCGAGCUCUGGUUUAAGAGUAUACCUUUUCUACCCUCACUAAUUUCUUUCCUUUUCAAAUCAACCCCAUUUCCCACCAACUUCCCCCCGCCCUGCAAAGAAAAAACAACAACAACAACAAGAACUGACAACCAGAAUGCCAUAUUAACGUGUAAGGUUUACAGCUAUAGCAAAAUUACUGCGAUAGAUUUGCACGUGACGUGCAAUAAACCAUUUUUAUAGAAAAACAAAAAUUUGAAAAACGUGGCUGUCAAAACUCGGUUGCUAUGGUAACGUCAUUGAUGAUGUGCACGUCAUGACGACUUUAAAAUGUUCCCAGAUAAUAUGUAGGAGAAGUCGCUAUAUAACAAGUUUGGUUGACAUAGCAUAAACGGUUUUAGGAACAUAAACACUUAUUCUCACUUAGGGAAAAAUGUUGGCUUAGCUAGGGGAGGGGAAAUUGGGCUGUUCCCCAGAAACGUAUAACGAUCCCGGUUUUGAAGGGGGGGGGGAGGGACUUCAAAAGCCCGCCCGUUUUGAAUAAGGUUACUAGACCACUAAAUCUUUGAAUUUUGGGUGGUCGCUUACGGGAGGUUCCUUUGUACUUCUAAUUUCUUGUUGUCUUUAUCUUUUUUAUUUUCAGCUAUGAAUUUGAAGUGUGUAGAAGUUGCGAUUGUGAUUUUGUAAAAAUUGAAAAAAGCUACAACGAUCUUAUCACUCCGGAUCAGGGCUGUGGAAGAUAUAGUCGUAACCACAUAGAAUAUAGCAAUCAGGUUCGGGGAAAAGCACCUGCGCAGUCGAUACCUGAUAAUUACCCCUCAGUAACUGCCGAUGACCUCUAUAUACGCAUCAAGACAGAUGAUACUGUUCACUACAAAGGAAUCAACAUUUCCUACAUCGUCAAGUCUGACUCAGGUAAGUUAUGUCAAAUGACCACAUUCCUCCACUCUUGUCUGGAAAUACACUUACUUUUAAUGGAAAGGAUGUAUAAUAUUUGUCGUGUCUCGAGUACGAAACAAAGAAAAUUCUGUGGAAAGUUUCCCAAAAUCCUGAAAAUCUAACAUCAGACUUCCUUCUAACGCCUCCUGUGAUUGAAAAGCUCGCACGUCACGAGUACAGCGCGAAUACUGCUGUCUCUCUUCGUUCCGUUUUGGUAGGCCUCUCAGUGAUCUAUUUGGUGAGAACACCAAAGGCUGGGAACGAGACAAUUCCCUUGGACUUAUAAGUUACGACCCAUUUAAAAACAGUGAGUCAUAUCUAUUACGAGUGGUUUAAGGAGCUGUGUCAUGAAGUUAACAAAAAAGUGGGAACUACCACCAAACUGAGUCAAACAUAAAUAUAUCUGCUCAGAACUUGAAAAGAAGGUAUAAAUAGCAGGGGAAAAAUGUAAAGGAAUGCAUGGAUGGGCGACUUGAAGAAGACAGCAACGGAUUGAAAUUGUGGUUUUUAUUGAAUAAAUACUUGUGUUUAGAAAGCCCAACAGUUUUCCAAAUUUCCUUUUUGUUGCUUGUAACAUUUGAUGUAAUGUUUGAUUUUGUUAUUCAAAGUAAUUUCUCAAGUUCCAGAGUGAAUAAGGGCCCGUAUUAUUGGCUCAACAAGUAGAACUGGACAAAAGUGAUAGACAAAGCCCCUUUAAGAUCUUUUAAGUUGGACUGGGUGCGUUUUUAAGGGAAAAUGCAAAUCCGGAUUUCCACGAAUCCCAAAACGGAUACUUGCGUUUUUUUGGGCGAAUUCAGAACGGAUCAUCGAUCCAUAAAAUCCACACUUAUAGGGUGGAUUCUUCGAAUCAAAUCCAAAUCCGGAUUCUUGAGAUUCACAAUCUGAGCGUUGUUUUUGGAAAGGAUUUGAGAAAAGUAUUUUUUGACAAGCGGUUUUUCGAACAAAAAUGGUACACAACAGAUGCCGGACAUGUAUGACAUUCUAACUGAACCUAUGUUGGUGAUGUUUGUCAUCUAUUCACAUUAUUCGUAGACUGUCUUUAAACUCUUUCUUGUCAUGUUUUUUGUAAGUAUGUAGUUACGCGUUACGCCGGUUAACCGUUACGCCGGUUUAUUUUCCAAGUAAUUAAAAAAAAAACAAUUAAUCGGCUUCAGUUUUAAAUUCUAAUUAUUUGCAAUCCUAAUGUGUCUUCUAUUCGAGAAACGUUUGUGUUUUAAACCGAAAUAUAUAUGUUGCCGUUAAUUUUUCUAUAUCAGGUAAUUUUUCUUUUUCUUUUGUUUUUGAGUAUAGUUUAUUUAUAAGCUAAUGAAGAGUGAAACAAAUGAAAAAUAAAAGUUAUUUGAUGGGCUCCUGAAGUUAUCUGUGAUAAAAUACAUAGUUUAUGUUGAUCAGUUCCUUCUUGUCUUCGCCGUGAGGAUCAGUUUGUUGUUUUUUUCCUCAAUUUUCCUUUUUCGAAUCUUCCGUUUUCUUGGUAGUGAAGAAUCCAUAUGAUCUGAGGUCACAAAUUUGUUUUUGGAUUCUCCCGAAAAAACGCACCCAGCUGGGACGUACAGUGAGAGACUGUAAGACGGGUACUACCGUUUUACUUCCUUGAUCAGAAACGUUAAAAAGGUUAUUGACAAAAGAUUCGCAGAUUUAUGUGAAACGGCAGCAUUUUCUCAUCACUCAGUUAUUUUAGGACCGUGAGUCUUGGACCUGCCGGAAAUAAAACCAGGACGAUCUAUUCAGUUUAGAAGUCUAGCUAACCAAUUGAGCUAACCUGUGCGAUCCUUAACCCUUAGAUUUCUCUUGACGUUCUUGGAAAACAGAUUGGAACUGAGAAAACGUUAAGCCCGUGGAUUGAACACAAGAACUCAGUAUUAUUUUUGCAUUAAUAUCAUAAAAUACGAUAAGUCCAACCCUUUUGGAUAGCGCACACGAGCGAUGAGUAUACGUGUCAGCUACAUUUACUAAAACCUCAUUUAAGGAUAACACGGUGUGUUUCGAAGCUGACAGUCAGUCUGUAUCACUUCCCUUGUAGCUGGUUCUCGGAGCAUCCUGAAUGCAACUGAAGAUGAGACCAUUGAGUUUAGCACUCCAAAAUUUGGCUCCAAAAAUUACCCGGCAAGUUUUGUCUGGAACUGGUUUUUAAUCGUUCCGCUAGAACGCCAGGUUCAAAUCACUUUCGACUCGACAUUCGAACUGGAGCAAAGUAUGAACUGCGAAAAUGACUACCUGGAAAUCCGAGAAGCCUACGUGAAGGAACCAAUCACCAAACCUGUUGAUCUCGAAGGAGACUAUGGGGCAAUUCUCUCCAAACCCGUUUGUGGCACCAACAAUCCUGGUACGAUACAGAGCGCGGGUAACAUGGUCUGGGUACAUUUCAAGAGUGAUUUCAACGCUACUACUACUUACAGAGGAUUCAAAGCCUCCUUUAAAGCAGGUAUGUAUAAAUAUUAGUUAUGUACGUACUCGGUCGUAUAAAGUGUUUCAGUUCCGUGUACCUCGCGUUAUGCGUACCUGUUGAGAUUCCAUGCGAACUCGAACGUUUAUUCGGCGACCGAAACCAUGCUAACUAUACUUUGUUGUAAGGAAAAACAGGCCAGUAAAACAAAGAAAAAAAAAAGAAACAACACGUUUUUAGAGAGCCAUUCUUGUGUUUUGACUCGCCCCCUCCUCGCCAAAAUACAGCUUGUCUCAUAAAAGAUUUUAGUACGUUGAUAACCACUUAACCUUGCAAUAUUAAUAAGAUAUAUGCAUUGUAUUGUAUCUUCUAAAUACUGUAUUAUUAAACGGUGCGUCAUGUAGGCAAAAAAAUAUGGAUCCUUUGCUUAUAGCUUUCCUCGUUAAACUUGCCAUCUUAAGUCUUUGGAUUGCGAUUCCUUUCACCGUCAAGUCUCUCAAAAAUGGACACCUUUGAGAUCAGCAUCCCAUGUAUCUUUCGGGCCCGUCAGAGAAAUGCACGCCUUGGAGAAGAAAAUCUAAAUUCUACGUGAUUUUAGCUCGCAGCCGGGUCCGUUUAGAGAAAGUUAAUGGUACUAUUCAUAUCUGAUAUGGAAGAGAUUAUUUUCACGGAUGAUAUUAUAUUCUUUAAUUUUAAUUUCUUUAAAUCAGUUUUUUCAUUAUCUUAACCAUUCUCUCUCAGUCUUAACCCAAUAUGAAUUUUUCGUCUGUUCAAUUUUUGUAGGCCAGGGACGGCUUUCCAUCUCGCAUCCAAUGGCCCUCUUGUUCCUCUCCGCUCUGCUAAUGGCUACGUCAAAGGACAGUCUGUUCUGAACAGAUCCAGCCAGACUCUUGGUCGUUAUAAAUUCACACGAAAUAACGCUUUCACUUUAUACGUAGGAACUUAAAUACUUUUGAGUGAAUUUAUCUAAAACGUUAAACACUAUCGCAGUGCUUAUCUGACUACGGUUCUUGUUCACGUACCUUGUUAAAUCUUUUCCCAAGAAAAAUAUAUUUUAGCAAAUGAGUAAUGAGCAGAUAAAAACAGCUUAUAAACAAUUCUUAUGGAUAGAAUUGGCGUGAUUUUCGUGUUGUUAUAAUGAACAGUAAACCCCAAGUAGAUAGAAAGCUUGGUCACGUGUUAUACAAAUUCACGUUUGCCGUGCCUUAUAAAUGUGAUGUUUAAUGUCUCUAAUAUAAGAGACUUAAGCUUCACGUAUACGGUAGACGGCAAGUUGAGAAUUUCUCAAAAUAGAAAAUGAGAAGAUAAAAACAGCUCAAAACAAAAUCUUAUGGCCGAUAAAAAUUUACGUGAAACUACUAAUUUAGGUGUAGAAAUGAUGAACAGUAACCGAGGGGUAAAGAGGAAACUUGGUCACGUGGUACAAAUUCGCGUUUGCCGUUUGAGGUAAAUAUGUAGAGCUCGCACGUGAGCCACCGUCAUUUUGGCGGGAAAACGCGAUAGCCGUCGUCAUUGCAUUACAAGUUUUAGCGAAAAUGUCGAAGUGGCAGAAACAAGUCAUCAAAUGUCAGAAGUUCUGUCAUUUUGCGAUCGGGAGAGCCUCCAGUAAAUAUAAGCGCAGUGCUAACUUUUCUUGUUAAAGGUCAAGUGACGUAGUUUUAAUUUGUAUAAACAGUCACAUGGAAUUGCAUAAUUCCAUCUUAUAGACCAAAGUGGUUCAAUCAGUCAGGCAAUAAGAAAAAAACAGACAGGUUGCUCAUUCCCUUGCUGCCUAACUGAGAAGCAAGUGUUAAUGUUGGCUUAGGGGAGGGGUAAGUGGGCAGUUUCCCAGGAACGUAUAAUGAUGUGAUCAUACUUAUCUAUUUGUGUUAGGCCACGUUAAGGAGAAAAGUUACCCCUUGAAAAAGGGUCACCCUCCCCUCCCAGCCGAGUCAACUUAAGCGAGCAUUUAUAGUUGACCCAUUUGCCCGAGCCAAGAGCUUACAACAGCGCUCGCGCAUGUUCUGAUGGUCUCGCUUUCACCGAGCUGGCUCGGCCAGGAAGGUGACCUUACCAUCAGAAAAGGGUCACCCAGUUAGGUGGGCCAACUUUUCGGCCAAGCCAACGUUUUGUUUCACACGUAAUCAGUUCUUCAAGUUUUGUAAGGAACUGUAGGAAACUGUCAUGGCCAUGGCUCUACCAGGGUAGCUCGGGUAGGCGAGUGACCGUUCAACCUGAGACAAGUUUUCUCCAUAUGAACGGAGCCUAAGUAAGUUUUAUUGCGUGUAACCAAAGCUAUUCAGUAAUUUUUAGGAUCACUAAUACUGCACGUGUGAGCUAAAUAUAAUCUACAAUUAAUUAUAAGUUUGU